AUGUCGGCGGGGCGGCGGGUACCGGCCCGGUGGUGGUGGUGGGUGCCUACCCUGCUGUGGGGCAGCGUCGGGGGCUACGUGGUGGUCAGCUCGGUGUCCUGGCCGCUGCCCGAGGCGGGGGCGGCGGCGGACGAGCUGCACAGUUCCUCCACCGAGGAGGCUCUCCCCUCGCUGCUGGAGGAGGCGGGCGGCCUUUGGAAGCAGAGCUACCCGGCCUCGGCUUACCGGGAGGAUGCGGCACUGGGCUCCGGGACGGCGGGGCGGCGGCCGGGGCAAGGGGCCACCCCCUCUAGGAUGUUUUCCUACCGACGGGAGGGUGGCGGGGCACCGGGCCGAGCCGGGACCGCUCGCUUCCUCGCCCGCUACAACACCUGGGGCUUCGUGGCUACGCGGGCCGCCCACGGAAAGCUCCACGGUGUGCCCUAUGGGAACUGUUUACUUCUCAGUGAUGGCCCCGUCAAUAACAGCACUGGAAUCCCUUUCUUCUAUGUGACACCGAAGGAUAACACCGUGGCAGAUCUCCUGAAGAAUCCCAUGGCUUCUCUGACCCUGCCAGAGGCAGAUGGAAAUUUCUGCAGAAAAAAUGUAAUUGAUCCAGAGGAUCCAAGGUGCACCAGGCUGACUCUUAUGGGACAGAUGGUCACGGUGCCUCCAGAGGAAGUGGAAUUUGCCAAGCAAGCAAUGUUUUCCAGGCACCCAGUGGUAAGAAAGUGGCCUCGCAGCUAUGAGUGGUUUUUCAUGAAAAUGAACAUUGAGCACAUCUGGCUUCAAAGCUGGUAUGGAGAAGUUUCUGCCAUUGCAGUAGAAGAGUAUUUAAAAGCAGUUCCAAGUAAAGGAUGA